AUGUCCACCUCCGCCCCACCCCCUCCGCAGCGUGUCCGCGUCGGCAUUAUCGGCUGCGGCGAAGUAACGCAGGUGAUCCACCUAGCGACGCUGGUAAAUCUGAGCCACCUCUUCGAAGUGCGGAUUCUCUGCGACGUUUCAGCGGCGGCACUCGCGCACUGCUCGGCGCGGCUGCCGCACCUGCACCGCACCACGGACGCGUACGACGAACUCUGCAGGGCCGCCGAUAUCGAUGUCGUCUUCGUCGCCUCCAGCGAUGAGUACCACGUCGAACACGUCGUCUGCGCCCUGAAGUUACAGAAACACGUGUUCGUCGAGAAGCCGCUCGCCCUGUGUCGGAAGGACGUAGAGUUGAUAGAGACUGCGCAGCGCGAGAGUGGCGGGAAAAAGGUGAUGGUGGGAUACAUGCGCAGGUACGCGGCGGUGUUUCAGGACACCAUCAGGGAGGUUGGCGGCGCGGGGGAGGUGCUCUAUGCUCGCGUCAGAGAUAUAAUCGCGCCGAAUCCGGUGUUCGUGGGACAGUCCGGGGCGUUUCCGAUCCAGCCCACGGACAUCUCCGAAGCCGCCAGCGCGGAUCGGAAGAUGUGGGCGGUAAAAGGGACAAACCAGGCACUGGUGGUUGAGAAUGAUGUCCCGGAUACUCCGGAGAACGUUGAGAUGUGGCGAUGGCUCUGCAGCUUGGGAUCUCACGACAUCUCCCUCAUGCGCGAAUGCCUCGGCGUGCCUACCAGCGUGCUCGGCGUCUCCCUUCGCCUCCCGAUCUGGACGGUCCUCUUCCAGUUCCCGAACUUCGCCGUGACCUACGAAAGCGGCAUCGACCAAGUCCCGCGCUUCGACGCGAGCCUCGAGGUUUUCGGAAAGCACAAGACCGUCAAGGUGGUGUACGAUACCCCGUACGUGAAGGGGCUUCCGGUCACCAUGGUCGUGCGAGAGGCCGUCGAGGGCGAUCCCGGUGCGUUCCAAGAGAGGACGGUCAGGAGGACGUACGAAGACCCGUAUACCCUCGAGUUGAAGGAGCUCUGGGAAAUGGUGGUCAAAGGGAAGGAAGCCAAGACCACACCAGCGGAUUCGAUGAAAGAUCUGGAGGUGUUUGGGAUGAUCAUGAAGGCGGCUGAGAAGCAGCGGGCAGCCGCGUAG